AUGUCUCAUAGCGGUGCUGCCAGUUAUAAGAAGGUCAAUGGUAUACUGACCAUCAACGAAGAUGUAUCACCAGCAGAACUGUUAUGGAGGUCAACAGAUGGUGAUAAGACGCAUAUGAUUGUUCUAGAUGUUGUAGAUAAAUUGCAAGCAACGCCUGCAACUUCGGAGAAACUUAUGUUGAGGCUGAUCGAGAAAGUUGAUGAGUCCAAGAAAGUAAAGAACAAUGAUGGUGAGAUGGUGUCACCAAAGCCUGCCGCCCAUAUGUUUUCUUUCAAUAAUCGUAGUGUGAUGGACAACAUAAAGAUUACACUACAAGCGAUAAUUUCUCGUUAUAAGGACACCGAAAUACAUGAACAGAAGCAAGCUGUUAGUGGGGACAGCAAUGCUGUCUCAAAAGAGUCACAACAAUCACAACAACAAGAAUUGAUCAAUACUUCUAAAUUGGACGAUUCCUUGUCUUAUGACAACUUAAUGAAAAACUUGAAAUUACAACAAUCAUUACUCACAUCCAAUAAACAACUAAUGAAAACAUUCCAAGAAACUGUAAUAAACUCUAAUCUUCCACCAGAAGAAUUUUGGAGCACAAGAAUACCGAUGUUGCGUGCCUUUGCAUUAUCUACUUCACAGAAAAUCGGACCUUAUAAUGUCCUCUCGGUUAUCAAACCUGUUGCAUCGUCAGAAAAUCAAGUUAAUGUGAAUCUUUCCAGAGAUAAGAUUAUAAGUAUAUUUCAGAAUUAUCCUAUUGUCAAAAAAGCUUAUCUUGACAAUGUUCCUAAAAAUUUCAAAGAAUCCGAAUUUUGGGCUAGGUUCUUCUCAUCUAAAUUGUUCAGAAAGCUGAGAGGUGAAAAAAUUAUGGCUAAUGACAGAGGUGACGUUAUCAUAGAUAGGUAUCUGAGUCUUGAUAUCGAAUUUGAUAGAAAGGAUGAUGAACGCCUGUUCCAUCCUGUAUCAAAGUUUAUUGACUUAGGAGGGAAUACCCAAGAUGAUCCAGUAAAGAGAGGUAACAAACCUGAUUUUACUAUGCAGCCUGGUAUGGAUAUGAAUGGUAAUAAUGACGGUACUUUGGACAUCUUAAGAAGUAUGAAUAGAUUAAGUGAGAAGAUGACAACUGCUUUAGAAAAUGAGUAUUCUAGGUCAAAUCUCACAAACAGUGCCGAGUUGGAACAAGAAGGUAAUGAACAAGAGUUAGAACUUAAUGAUCUUAACGACGAAUACAAAGCUGAGUACUCAAUAGUUCACUUGAAAAUUGGAACGAAAGAGAGAUCUAAUGGUAAUGAAGGAGAGGGCAGGACUACAGAGCAUAUAAAAAUAACUGAUCCAAUAGUACGUAAUCAGAUUGAAGAGGUUAACAUCGGUUUACAACGAGAACUUGAUCUUACUGAUGUUGUAUCUGGUAAGGAUGAUAAAGAAGGUACUAUUAUAGAUGCAAUCAAUCAACAAGUUAUUAAAACUGUUCGAAUUAAUGCCAAACAAGCAAAACACAAUAAUAUGGAUUCAUCGUAUAUGACCACGUUCACAACAAAUAAAAUAAACGAAACUGAUGUACCCUCAGAAAUGCCCCCAGAUCUUUUAGAAAGUUGUAGGAUGUUACAUGGAACAUGUUGUGAAUUUUUAAAGCAUUUUUAUAUUCAUUUUCAAAGUGGUGAUCAAAAACAGGCCAAUAGUGUUCGUAAACUUUACAAUCACUUGAAGGAAUGUGUCGCUAAGUUGAAAGAGCUUUUGAAAGACGUUAAGGAUGGUGAUGGUGAAAAACUAGCUAGCCUCUGUGAAGCUUACUUGAAAACUACCAUGAAUUCAAUUGAACUUGCAAUUAGUAAAUAUGAAUCAUGUUUGUGA